AUGAUGAGAUUUUUCCGAUCUGAAAACUUUGCACAACGGGCUUUACAAACCCUCUUUUCAUGUCUCUUCUUCGCGAUCAACGUGUCCACGGAACCCCUCUCAGGAAAUACUGACACCAUCACAUGGGGAGGGGACAACUCCCGCUCAGGCUAUCAAAGGCAAGCUCCUGUUUUUGAUAAUAAAUUCAAUAUUAGCAUACUAACAGUGUACAGUAAUCACAAUCUUGACCCAACCGUCGUUUCGAGUGCAGAUUUUGGCCAAAUAUUCAAGGCUCUCCUCCCUGGAAAUUUCAAUGGAAUAGGACCUGAGCAGAUAUUCUCGCAACCGUUGGUAUAUACAGGAUCAGACGGUGCUCAGUAUGUUUACGUUGCAACAACACAGAACAACGUGUACAAACUUGAUGCGAAGACUGGUGCCAUCGUCAAGUCGAGAAAUCUUCAUGUGCCCUUCCUUACCGCUGAUCUAGACGGGUGUGUCGACAUCAAUCCGACUGUCGGCGUCAUUGCCACUGGCGUCAUCGAUGCUGAAACUGGCAUUUGGUAUUUUAAUGCGAAGACCUAUUCAGAAAGCUUCCAAGAUGGGAAAUUCAGCCCCACAAACCCUCCUGGACGCCUCAAUGGACGAUACUAUCAACACGCAAUUCACACAGAGGAUUUGAGUGAAGCAGAAAACUUCCCGGUCUUAAUUGAUGGUACGGUGUUUCGAAACAACCCAAACCGCAUGUUCAUUGGUGGCAACCAGCUCUCUCGGCCAGCAGCUCUGCACGUAGGUGACUAUAUCUACACUGGAUUUGGGUCUCAUUGUGUAAAGUUCAACUUCACUGGAGCUAUUAUCGGCUUUCACAAGACCACUGGUGCUAUCAUCGAAGCCUUUGCUACCGAAGGAGGCCUCGAGCCAGAUACUGUAAAAGGUGGUAGUGUAUGGAUGAGUGGGGGCGGCCUAGCAUACGAUGGCAAAGAGAGCAUGUAUUUUGGCACUGGAAAUGGAUACGCUUCACAAUUGAAGCCAAAUGGGAAUGCAAUUCAAGGGCGCAGCCCACCCACUGCUCUCGAGGAGGCCGCAGUCAACGCCAAAAUCAAUGACGAUGGGACGAUCACUAUCGUUGAUUUCUUCAUGCCCUGGGAGAAAACUCAACUAGAUGGAGCCGAUAAGGACUUGGGUACCUCGCCACUAGAGCUGCUGCAAACAGAUACGUUCAGCUGCCCGAACCACAAGCGCAUUGGUGUCAUAACGGCUAAAUCCGGAAAGACAUACUGGCUUAAUCUAAACAAUCUUGGUGGGUAUCAAAUGGGCGCUAAUAGUCUUGACGCAGUUAUACAAGUCUACCAAAACGAGAAUUCGGUUUAUUCUGGCGCUGGGGUGAUGCCUCUGGGGGGAGGUUAUGUCUACAUCAAUGUGAUCCAAUACCCGACUCAUGCUUUCAAGUUUAGCUGUGACCCUUUUGGAAAUGCCGUUUUCACACGUAUUGCGGAUACUGCGGAGAAGAAUGCAUACAUCCUAGGAGUCGGACACGGUACCACCAAAGGUUACCUUUACGGCUUUGGGUCUCCCGUCAAUUUGCCUCUCAAUUGCUCGUCUCCGUAUCAGUUUGGUGCUGUCGCUGUCGGCACCAUCUCCAAGCCAAUGGCCAUAAUUUGCAAAGCCAAUAUUGCCACGACAAUAACAGGUUGGACAUUUUCCGGCAAUGACAAUUUUGAUGUCUCGAAUUUCCCAAUGACUCCCUUCUCGCUCGCCAUAGGGCAAUCGCUGACGUUUGAGGCCGUUUUUCAACCGAAGGCUGUUGGACCCUUAUCCAGCGACGUCUUAGCCAAUACUACAAAUGGUAUUAUGGGGUAUUCUGCGAGCACGCCGAUUUCCCUGAAGGGCACUGCCAACUCAAUAGCUCCUCUUCUUGCCAUUUCACCCAAUACGGUGUCAUUCAAUGCCAUAAUAGGCCAAGACAGUCAGAGCGGGUCUGCGUUCUUCGACAACCGGGGUGACACUCUUCUUACAAUAACAAAUGUCAGCUAUUCCCUUAUAUCAGAGAGGGGACCUUGGAUUACUCCUGAAAUCAAGUCAGAGGGAACAGUGCAAGUAGGCAUGUUCAAGUUCACAAAUAUACCAUCGACCAUCCAGAAUCAGACCUUCGAGACAGUUGGGAUUAUUUAUGCUCCCAAAGAAGUCGGCAAUCAUGCGGUAUAUGUCAAAGUGUUCUCCGAUGGCGGGAAUCUCGUCCUUGAUGUAUUUGGAAUGGCCAAUACGCCGCCUAUAGCUCUCAUUGAAUUCGAAAAAUCGGACGGAUCGAGAUGGCUGCCAUUCUCUAAUAGUGCAGCCUUUACUUUUGGAGGCGUCUUUGAAGGUCAAACGAAGUAUCUUAAUCUUCGCGUCACGAACAAUGGCUCAACAACUGCGGGUCCCCUCUCCAUCACUGUGUCAAAACCGCCUUAUGGCGUACCCGGAAUUAUAAACGCUGUGAACGGGGUCGAUCUAGCCAAGGGCUCGAGCAUCAAGGCCGGUCAGAGUCAGACAGCCACAUUGUAUUGCGCAGUACCGAAGUCUCAGGUCAAUCUACCAAGCUACAAUGGCACUGCUACCUGGACCAUGAAUACUGGAGAUCAGACCAUGGGCAAGCAAGUAAUCAACUUUAUUUGCAACGCGGUCGUCGAGCAAGUCGGCCCACUUCUGUCGAACGGAACAGCCCAGUAUGAAUACGUGGGGUGUUUCAAAGAAAACAACCCUGGACGCCAGCUCGCUACUUCUCCAUACGGUGAUGCCUCCAACAACAACGGUCGUUGCAUCAAUACAUGCUCAAGUCUCGGAUAUGAAUUUGCAGCCACUCAAUACAGUUCAGAAUGCUGGUGCGGGAACGCUAUACCUAUCCAGAAGGACAACGAGAAUGACUGCAACUACCCAUGCAGCGGCAAUGUUAAUCAGACCUGUUGAGGAAAUGGCUACUUCCAUAAUCAAGCCCACAUAUCACUUUUUGCGGACUCCCUCGAAUUCGACGGGAACACGACAUCUCCUCCA